GCAAAGUCGAAUCCGUAUAAUACUCUCAUCAUUACAGUUGCCUUAUUGUGAGGCGUCACGCAGCCUCGAGGCGUCUAAUCACCGCUGCGUCGUUACCAUAGCAACGGUUAGGCAUGUGAGAGACGAAAUUACGUCGACGUAUCCCUCUAAUAAAUCAGCUUUUACAUUUUAUCGUCGAGCGAGAGCUUUUUCCCAUCUUACUCAGCUUAUUUUUUUGCUGUAUGUUGUGUGAAAACUUACACGCUGCCUUAUCAGAUAUCUUAGACAAAUCACAAAGCGGUUAGAACGUUUUUUCCCUACCCUCCCGUCACGCAAAUUUUUGGGAUGCGCCAGGUGGCAGUUCAAAUCGAACUUCUGCUCCCUUAUCAACAGCCAGGUGGCGCCAAUCAGAAAUGAUGGUAUCAUCUGCGUUCUUGUUUAUCUAACCGUACUCUACGUAGUUGGUUUAGCUUUAAAAAUUCGAAAGAUUUAUUAAAGGAGUACAUAAUUUAAAAAACCAUACUGUUUGUUUACAAAACAUGCAAAGCAUUUCUUUUCCGCUACAUAGAUUAUUAGGUUUAUUUUACGUGAUAGAAUUCCUGCACGGUUUUACUUGGAACGUCUACGUUCUAAUCAAUAAGCAAAAGAACACAGACUUGGUUUUAAGAUGCAAAGACGAAAAAGAAAUAAUGCGACAUUUUGAUUCCAUAUGUGAUUACUUAAACUGCAAUCUGGUUGCUGUUCGAUACGCAAAAGGGUUUUGCUUUAGAACAACAAAUACGGAGCGGACAAAGGAAAUAAACGAAGGAACCCGGUUCCGUUUAACGCUUUCUACAAAAUCUAAAAGCAUUCCUUUAGACCUACGAAAGAAGUUAUACAAACGAAUUAAGGCUUUUAUUAAAGACUCUGUGAAAAAUAGCGUCCCUCUAGUGGUUCUAAUUAGAAGAGGAUCAUACCAAUUACCUAUCCUCUUUAGACAUAUAAGACGUGAUCUAAGGCAUAAGUAUUUUAUAAAUUGCCCACCCGGAUUUGUUCAAUCAAAUUUCAAUUGCGUACCUUGUAAGGUCGGUGAGCAUUCUAUAAAUGGUAUCACGUGCGUCGAGUGCCUCUCAGGCGAGUAUCAACCGUUAAAAGGGUCGGCGAUAUGUCUGAAAUGCACAAGAGAGACGUACUCGAGUAUCAAAGGGCAAAAGUAUUGUAAACCCUGUGAACCUGGUUAUUAUCAGGAUCAUGUCCAAGAGAUGGAAUGUAAGCUCUGUCCUAUCAAUCAGACGUCGGUCAAAGGUUUCGAAGGAAAUAAGGAUUGUGCUAAUGCCUGCCCAGUAGGAGGGGAAAAGAGCGGCCUGACUUGCUCUGCUUGCCCUCCGGGCAAGUAUAAAAGUGAGAGUGGAACGGGAAAAUGUCAGGAUUGCCCAAAAGGGACUUACAGCCAUCGGUUUGCCUCUGUUGAAUGUCGUAAGUGUACAGGACGCCACUUUCAAAAUAUUGUCGGACAGACUUCUUGUUUAAAUUGUCCUAUUGGAACGACAUCUAGUGGAGAUGGUACAGCCUGUUUGAUGACUCCCUCACUUAUAAGGAGGCGUUCAGACUCCCCUAUAUUUCUUUUUAAAAUUACUUUUCGUUUACGGGUUCGCAAAGGGUACACAUGCUUGAAUAAAAUAUCCUCUUUUGAUAUAUUUGAAUCAAAAGUUCUUUCCCAAGCUUGUCAUUAUGGGAAACCCCCUAAAGAAUGUUUUGUCUUAUUAUAUCACAACUGCAAAAAGGGCUGGUUUAACGGUUAUUUAGACAUCGCACCAGAUGAUAACCUCAUACCAGCAGCACAUGCCUGCAGGCGGUCGGAGGGUUGUACUGUCAAAUUUUACAGCCGUUACUUAAAUAAUGUAUAUAAGAAACAAAUUAGGCCCGUAUUACUUGAACGCUUCGAACACGUGCUGAAGAGCGUAAGAAAUAAUUAUUUAUGGCUUUGCCCAGGUGGCUUUCAAGCAAAGUUUGACGUUGAGCUGGGGCGUUGUUUUCCAUGUCCUAAAGGUCAUUUUAAACGAGGUAAUGGAACCAGUCAUUGUCAAAAAUGUCCAGUAGGUUUUUUCGCCCCAAUGAACGGAAUGGAUAAAUGCAAAAAAUGUCCAUCUAAGUCUUACACUAAACGGACAGGUUCAGUCAGCGUUCAAGAAUGUAAGCCUUCUACAAUUAUUAAACAAGUCGGGCUAAAGGGCAGUCAAUUUGGCAAAUGGUCUCCAAGAUCCGCUAACGGUUCAACGGGUAUCAAUUUCUUUAUGCCAAUAUUAAUUGGCCUUGUUGGGUUGUUUCUUGUUUUUUUAGCGGCUUUUACCUUACGAAAAAAGAGAAUUUGGUUGUUCAAGCGAAAACAGAAAUCCAAACAAUCCAAAGUCACGAAUAAUGUUGACGAAAAUUUAAAAAAUGUGCUUGAGGCAAGAGAAACGGAGAAUAAAAAGCAUAAGGAUGAUAACGGGGGGAGAGAAAAAGAGGAGGCAGAAGGGGAGAAUAAAGGAUAUGAUAAAACUUUUGGAUCUUUUGUUCAGACGAUAACAAAUGGCGAAAGAAGUCACACAAUGACAACAAACAAAACAGCAGACAAAGAAGAUGUCCAGAUGGAUAAGGUUAAACACUCUUCCACCACCACGGAAGUCGUGAAAACUGAGGUCGAGGGUGAGUUCGAGGAUGCUUUGGUCAACUCGAACGAGAAAUCUACCCUGAAAUUCAAUCGACCAGAAAAAGUCAGUGUUGAAUCAGUGAAAAUGACAGACUCUGACGAGAUUUCUAUUAUCAAUAGUGAGUUUUCCAAAGAAGCCAUACUAAAUAUAAUUGAUCCAGGGGAUGAAAAGGAUAAAUUAAUGGAUGAAUCAAACAAAGAGAGAUCUAAUUCUGUAGUUCAAACAAGCCGACUGGGAAAGGGUGAUGUGAUAAAGAGCCGUUAUAUCUCUACUACAAUUCCAUUUAAUAUUAAAGAAAAAAUAAAUGAAUUAUUCUCGUGGGAAAGUCAAAAUACUUUUAAAAAUAAUAGUAAAAUCAUAAAUGAUCAAUUUCGAACAAAUAGCUUAAACAAAGAAGAGAAUUUCAUUAUUAAUAGCUGCUGUUGUAGAACUUCGAACUUUUGCGAACCAUGUUCCAAUUGUUCAUACGUUGGUAAAUGCAAUUCAUUACAAAGUGGACAAAUGGUAGAGCCGAAGAAGACAAUUCCACAGACAAUGUAUUUAUGUAAAGAAGAACCAUUAAAAUUCGAUUGUGAUGAAGAUAUACCAUUAUUAAUGAAGUUAACUAAUUAUUAAUGUUGUUUAUAUACAGUAUAACUAUAAAUGAAUGUUUAUGGCUUUAAACUUAAUCUUGUAAAAUUUUUGUUGUUCUUUGUCCCCAUAUUUUAUUUUAUCUUAUACUCGUUUCUUUCCAAGUACAACGACUACUUGAGAAAUUAAAUUGACAAACGGGCUUUUCUAACCCAUAAAAUCCAUAAAUAUUCUUACAACAAUGAAAUCUUUUUCAAAGAGUUCUUUGCUUUAGGC